AGUACUUUCGGACGUGUAUCUUUUUCAAUAGAGUAAAUUUUAAUUUCUAUUUCUUAGAGUCGAGUUCAUUGCGUCUUUUUUCUUAACAAAGACACCAUAAAUUCAAAUCAAGUAAAUCUUGCUUUAAAAGGAACUUCAAACUUUUCCAAAUUUGUUCAAAUCUUACAUUUUAUUUGUAGCUGUGAUCAACAUGCCUAGUAUCAAAUUGCAAUCGUCUGAUGAUGAAAUUUUCGAUACCAAUAUUGAAAUAGCGAAGUGCUCCGGCACUAUUCGCACCAUGUUAGAGGAUUGUGGCAUGGAGGAUGAUGAGAAUGCGAUCGUGCCGCUGCCGAAUGUGAAUUCAACAAUAUUGAGAAAGGUGUUGACUUGGGCCACCUAUCACAAGGAUGAUCCACAGCCCACCGAGGAUGAUGAGAGCAAAGAGAAGCGCACCGAUGACAUCACAUCCUGGGAUGCAGAUUUUCUCAAAGUGGACCAGGGCACACUAUUCGAACUGAUCUUAGCCGCCAACUAUUUGGAUAUCAAGGGCUUGCUGGAACUAACCUGCAAGACCGUGGCCAAUAUGAUUAAGGGCAAGACACCYGAGGACAUCCGAAAAACGUUUAACAUUAAGAAGGAUUUCACUCCGGCCGAGGAGGAGCAGGUGCGCAAGGAGAACGAAUGGUGCGAAGAGAAGUAAUUUUAGCUUGCCCAGCUUGUCGCGAAAUGGUAUAUGGCUUCGUUAUUAAUCUGAGAUCCCAUAACAAAAAUUUGCAAAUUCAAAAGGAUGAGAUACGUUAAAAUCUCAAGCAACUCAAAAAUUGCUUGAACAAUUGCGUAUUAAUAUAACUUUUUAUCUAGUUUAUGUAUAAGGUUGAAUACACCCAUGAAAUAUUUUUUCUUAAAAACCA